GAGUGAGUCUCGGGCUCGUGAACAAGUGUGUUUUUGUAAGUGAUUUAGAAAGGAUCCGAGUGAAGAUUAACGCGGAGUGAAUCCUACAUGAAACUGCUCCAUGCGGAAACAGUGGUUGGCAUCCUGUGGUGACUAUCUAGUGUUUCAAGUUAAAUCGUAAGCAAAAUGGAUCCAAUUCAACCAGCACUCGAUACCGAAAGUGACAAAAUUGACUUCCGAGAAUUGUUCGGCCUGUAGCGUCUGUGAUUGCAUUGCACGAAACCUUGUGGGUCACGCCAUCGAACUGCAACACUGUAUGAGUUGUUAAAUGAAUCUGCCAUCACAGCACACUCGGACUGGUACAACUCGUCAAAGAUGAUAGUAAGUUUCAUCCCCGACAGUGCCCGGGGACUUACAGUGAAGCAGCACCAGAAACAGAAACACCUCCUAUACCAUAGGAUCAUCGAUAGCCUCAUUAGCGAUAAGUACAAAAACAAAACGCUACGAAAGUCAUCCUUCGCACUGCUGUAUCUGUCCUACAUGUUCAUCAAGAUGCUCCCAAUGACACUCGCUAUCGAAACGCACACGGGGAUAAAAUCAAUAUCGCCGUUGACUGUGAAACCGCGCACGUCACCGGAAAUGCUGGCAUCACCGCCGGACGACGAAGACGACGAUUACUUCGAUGUGUACGACAAUGUGUAUGACCUCCCGAACGGCACGGCAGCAAAAGGAAUGUAUGUAGGGGCACCGUGCGAGUUUACGUGCGACGCCAACCUGCAUCACGUGUACUGUGAUCCAACCACAAAUACUUGUAGCUGUGAGAAGGACUUCGUCGUGCUGAUUGGAAAGCUGAAAGGAUGUGCCAAACCCAAAAAACUCGGAGAUCAGUGUUUUUACGAUCAAACUUGUUUCUACAACGACGAGAAUUCAUACUGCAAGCAGAUCGUGCACAACGCCAUCUGUCAAUGUAUUCCCGGUUUCCACUCCGUUAGCUACUCGAAACCGACCAGGCGCGUCUUCUGCACACAGGACAUGGCGACAUUAACUGCAGAUCUUCCGACGCUCUUCGGUGUCACGAGCGGCAUUGCCGUGCUGGCGGGGCUGAUUUGCAUGGUGUUGCACCUAUUUAGCAAAACGAAGUACCCUCGGCCGAGGCAUUUCGGAGACGCGAACCUUGCGCCACCGAUUCUAUUUUCCAGUGAUACAGGGAUACCGUUGACAAUACAGUCGGCCAGACCGUCGUCUCGUUCCAGUCAGCGCUCGAGUGGCUCGAUCGGUUCCUAUGGCAAUCGACGGGCCUCCAGCGCCCCGUUGCACCACGGCUCCAAGGGAGUGCUGGUGUCGACCUCCCGUACAGGUUCCCGAAGACCAAGUUUAGCUUCCGUACACAGUACAAGUUCUUCCGUUCGAAGCUACAGCAUGCGACGAUUCGAGCAGGAAAUUCAGCAAAAGGAGCUACGCCAGGAGAUGAAAAAACACCUGGCCCGUUUGCAAGAGCAGCAGCAGCUGCAGAAAAUUAAGCCCAACAUAAUAAUCGGCGAUGUGAUAUCGUGCCCCAUGAAUAAGCCCAUCCUCACGACGCCCAGCCCUAUGACUCCGAACUCCGUGGAUGAUAUACUGCCGUCGGUGGACGAAACGCAGGAGUUUUCACCCAAUCUCAGCCAACGGUCGGUGAGCGAUAGUACUGGCGGGUGCUUCGAUGGACCGUGUAGUUCCACUGAGCUGCUAAAGUAGUCUUACAGGACGGCCGCGUGGCAGGGAUCCUAACGAUAGCUGGGUGCAGCCAUUCUUGUAUAAGAUGUGCUUUAUGGUUUUUUAUAAGAUUUAAGACGAAUAUUAGCAGAAACUACUAAGCAACUGCUAAGAACCUUGCAUUAGCACAUGGCGUGGAACUUACAAUGGCUGCCUGCCUACUGGUGCGGUACUACCGAAUCCAAGAAACUAACAGCUGUAUACCGAACUGUGCUAGCCGCCACAGUGGUACAAUUUGUUAAGCAUUACCAUCAACAAUUUUACUUCUCCAAACCUGUUACGAAGCGUUAAGUGCCACAAUCAGACCCCUUUCAAUCAUGCUAAAGAUAUCGGACAUAAGCAAACGUAUCUUUACAGCUUCAACAACGAACAAAACGCUAUUACCACAAAGCAAGGCUAUGGAUAUGUUCUUUUAAAAGUCAUAAAAUUCGUUUGCUGUGAAAAUCAAAAUCAAUCUUCAAUUCGAUUACUAACUCCCUAGUUUGUUUGUCCUUUGUUUGGCUGGACAACAUUUAUGACUAAACUGAAAGUAGUGGUCUCCAUUUCAAGUUUUACGAGUAGUUCGAAUCUAGUGCACUUGACAGGAAUUGUAAAAACUAAGUUGACGGUACUACCCGUUCUUACGGCUAAGGAAAACACAGUUAAAUGUUGACAGUAGUUAGUUCUUGGUAGCUACUACUGUAACUAAGUUAUAAUCUAGCUACUACCUAGGCAUACAGGCUCUACUACUUUAAAUUUGCUUAACAACCGUUCAAGAGAGUUCUAAACUAGCAACGACAGCAACCAUGUCCAGGGCUCGGAACCAUGACGGCCUCAAACACACUUCUGCUACUAGACCAACCAGAAGCUUAUUAAGACCAUCUUACUUCAACGGAACAGCAAAGAUUUACCACUGUAAGCACUGUUAUGUUUCAAGAACCGUGAUUUUCCAUUUCUGAUCGCAUCUUACAGACACAUAUUGAAAUAUUGUGUUUCGUGUGCUGUGCCGGUGAAGUGCCGAUGAAAACACAAACCUAAAGUGGAAAGCGUGCAACGGGGUACACGACGAAACGGAUCGAAAUUAACGAACGUGAGUGUUUGAAAUGGUGGUGGAUAACUAUAAGGAGUUACCCGCAGGUACGAGAGAGACAUAAAACCAAUCUAAACAGAAGAUAAAACCAAAUUAAACGAAAACCCAGUAAACUAGAACGUUCAUAUUGAUAAAUGUUGUACUAGUAUUAAGUAAGUAAUUAAAAUCCACUGAAUGUAUGUGUGCUCAGUCUUACGCAGUUAUACGUUGCAAGGAUCUUCCGAACCGUCGGAAGUUUAGCGCACAAAACGUUGAAGAUAUACACCUUCAAACGAGGAAGUAGUUAAUGUAAUGUUAACAGUACGACAAAGCUAGAUGAUUCGAUCGAAUUGAAUGCGAAGUAUUCUAAAGCAUACCUUAUGCAUUCAAUCAAAUAAGUAACAUGUUCGAACUGUAGCUGAUGUGAUGGUCCAAAAGACGAAAAACCCAAAGACGCUGUUUAGAAGACGAAUGGAUAGUAUGGGCCGAUAACGCCGUGUUCGUAAAAAAGCAAUCAGGGAAAAUUACGGCACAACAACAACCUCAUUCGAUGUGUAUGGAACAGGCGAGGCCAUCGCUGUAGAGUUGUGUCCGUGAUGACGAGUGCCGUUUGUUGGUUUGGAUUGCUUUUUAGCGAACAUAGCUUUUGCGCUCGCACUAUCCACUCGCCUCCUAUACUUUCAAUGUCUUUAGAAAAUCCUAGCUUAAUUUGAUAUUAUUUGUACCGUCGAGCCAGUCGUACAGCUCCCAGGCUACAAAAGACUUUUCGUUCCUUUUGGAAUUACCUUUCUUUGAUACUGUUAUAUCAAUUGCUUGGCAACUCCACACUAUGCAACUUGUAAUAGGUACACUAACUAGUAAUACUUAACUGCUUAUGGCACGGGACGAAGCAGGACCCAGUGAUUUUUUGUCUCUUUCAAAAUCUAUUCAAGGAAUUGUUGUACCGUACAGGUGAAUUACUGUUCAAUUGAAACAUUGAAGCAAUGAACCACAGGAAAUUUAGAAUUUUUUUAUGGCGACCGCUCCCAGCAUGCUUAAAAUUGGAUUCGUUUCAAGGCGAUACGACAUCGACCGUACCCAACACCAGUUUGCCUGGGACUUUACCUUAGUUAAUUAUGUCUGAGUGGAAAAUGUGUAAAUCCCUUAGGUGUCGGAGCGAUAACAUGCACGUUUGCGGACACUACAGCAGACCAUAUUUCCUAAAAAAAGAUCCCCAGAACAUGUUCCUACUCCCUUCCUUUCGAAAAAGUCGCACACUUCGAAGGGGGUGCGAUCCAACGGAACACGUUCGUAGUUUCUCAUUUAAUGUAUGUAACCUUGAAAUAUUGAGCAUAGACUGAUAUACCUUUAGAAGAAGAGCAGAACCCAGCAGGAAACUAAAUAUUAUAAACUGACACAGUACAUGAAAACGUCUCUGGAGGAAACGGAGUCUUGAGCAAAUGCAAAGAAAAUCAAACGAACUUACGAUUCAGUUUCGUCUGCGAGUGUAAACUCGGAAAAUGCUUCAAAAGGUACGUCUCGUGCGGUACCUAGGCUAUGAUGUUUAAAAUUACCGGUUCUUUACGGCUUCUUUUCGCUACUCGCAAAAAAAGUUCAUAACGAACCAAUGCUGCCAUGAUGGAUGGCAAAAUGAGUGUCUGUGCUAUCUAUGCUGCAAGCUGCGAGUCUUUCUUCGGUUAUGAUAAAAUUCAAUUCAAAGACUUAUGUGCUACAGUUUUAGACGAUGCCCGAUGUUGUCAAAAAAAAAAAACAAUGCGCUCCAAGUAAACUGCACAUUGUGGUUUUUUCACAAUGAAGAUUCCAUUGGCUAGUGAAAGCAAUUGCGGCAAUGGUCAAGCGAGAGAAAGGAAGAGAGAGAAAAAGGGAGAUUCGUAAAAAUUGAGC